AUGGUGGCCUCACUGUUGACCAUUCCUCUUCACUGCCUGGGUUCUGGGCGGGCUCAGGAAGCUUCUGGUGGCCAACGUGUGCAUGAUGUCGCAAGGAUCCAUUUUAUGCCCAAGCCUUACAGCUGUGGUUCUGUGAAGCACACCGUGGUCUCUGGAAUUUUUGGCUUCAUCACUGCAGUCACUGCAGUCCUCACUGUGGACUUUCUACGGCAACGCGUGCUGAACUUCAAACAUCCAGUGGCCAUCAGUGUGCUCGCCUACUUGCUUAUUGGCAUGAGAAGAUGUGGGUGCUUGACCCAUGCUUUGUGUCUUCUUACUGUAGGUCUACUACUCCACGUAGCUCCAGUGCCCUUGGUGGCAAGCAUCGGUGGUGGCCUUGUCUCCGGCCUUUGCUGCCUGGGCUUCCUAUAUCUAGCAAUGAUUCCUUGUGGCAAUCUUCUGAUGGUGGUACUUCAAAUCGUUGCACCUCGAGUGGUUGAUUGCGCUCAAGAGAAGAGAAUAGAGCGCUUCAUAGAGUUUCUUCCUGAGCGUGAUUUGGUGUGCCUGCAAGAGCUUACAGUCUUUUGGGGCAUGGAUGCAUACGUUGACUUUCUUCGGCAGUGCGCAGCCGGGUGCGGGCUAGAGCACUAUGCUUCAAGUGGAAGCUGGCCACAUUGGCCAGCAACCUUUGCAGCUGCUGGACUUGGGGUUUUCUCCAGAUACCCUAUCCUGAGGAGCGAGAGUUUUUCCUUUUCGAGACAGGCAUGGUUUGAAUGGAGUGCCAUCCAAAGAGGUGCGCUCAUGGUGGAAUUGGAGGGACCCAACGGCAAAAAGAUUGCCGUGAUGAACAUCCACACUACAGCAGGCUUGGAAGUCUUGGAAGCUGGUGUUGGUGUUCGGGGUGCCUCCACGCCCAACCCGGUGGGUUUGGACCAGUUGCUGGAGGCCCUGUCUCGUUUUGAAGUCUUCUCCAGGAAAGCGCAGCAGCGAAUUCUUUGUGGCGAUUUCAAUCUCAGCAAGGAUUCCCUGGCAUUCGAGUGUUUUCAGAAGGAAUCGUUGCGGCGCCUCAAACUGCUGGACGUCUACCCCAACUGUCCUCCAACCUUCGCUUGUGUAGACCCUGAAACGGGCAAACCCUUGGAGACGUUGCUCACGAAGAAGGGAUCACAAGGGCAUCCGCGAGUGAUUGACCAUGUCUUCUCAGACAAGAAGUGCUCACAAGCACGAGUCGACAACAUGACAGCAACGGCUGAACAUGCCAAGCUCUACGGCUACCAGCUUCGAGACCAGCUUUUCAAUCUGCGCCGCGGGCCGAACAAGGUGCUCCUGACCAAGUUGUGGGAAGCGAUGGGCCAAGAUCUACUGUGUCGACUCCGUGGUGAAAAGACUGAGUUGGAUGAUACCGUCAACAAGGGCAUGGCCAUGCAUGGCCCACAGGAAAUGGUGAUGCGAAGGGCUGUGGGAAUGAAGCGGCUGUAUGUGGCUUCUGCUCAAGCCAGUCAAACACCACGUAAGUCUUGCCAAAGACCAGACCGGAGCUUCAGGGCUGCCCGGCUUUGCCUUUGUGCACCGCAUGAGCUUGUUGCCGAGGUCUUUUCCCCUACCAUGACGACAGUUGAGAAAGGCAGAUCUGAAUUUGAGGGCUGCCUUUCUGUUAGAGAUGGACAGCUGAGUAUCAAUAUGUCCUCACGAAAUCUGGAUGAUUCUGGCAUCGAAAAGUGGUGCGCGUGGGCGGAUGAAUGCCUUCCAGAUUUCGUCAAGAUCAAGCGACUAACGCGACGAGAAGCUGACGGAUUUUUAUUGUGUAAAGAAGCCAACUUUUCUACCAAUAUGAUUGGUGACGUGGGUGGACGGGCUUUGUUGCGCGUCCUCUUCACUCACAAGAUCGCAGUGCGAAUAAUCAAGCUGUACAAAAACAACUUGGGCCGAGCAUUUGCGAGCUCCAUGAUGGACUGGCUCACUCACACGCCCGUCCCAGUUAUAGAAUUGCACCUGUCUCACAACUAUAUUCCUCGAGAAGGCGCUGUUGACAUUCUGAAAGCUGUUGGUCACAACAAGGUGUAUCCAGCCAAAAAUAGCAACGGAACGCAGCAACCGUUGUGGCUGCGCUUGGAGCAGAACACCGUAGAAAAGGCCAAUGAACUGCUCCAAGUUGCCGAAGAACAGCUGAUGAAGAUCAGAGGUGGGAAGAGAGGUGCCAUCCUUAGCAUGGACAAUGUUCCACGAGCGCUUCCCGCUGAUGCGCCAUGCCCUUUGGCCCAAGUGGCGUAUCUCAUCAACCAACGGGAACGAAUUCGAAUCCCACCAGAAGCGCAGCAGUGGAAGCCCCACGCAGGGCCUUCACAAGCGAACAGGUGGCGUAUCUCCCUGACGCCGGAGCAAAUUGAAUUGGCUGCAAAGGCACCGGCCAUAUCGCUGAGAAACAAAUCAGGUGGAAGCAAAGAUAAUUUAGACAGUGCACCUGAGGUGCUGGAGCGGGACCCGGAGCAGGUCAGGGAAGGACCUGUUUGGAAUGGAUUGCCAGUCACCGAACAGCUCGCUGCCAAAAAGGGGCAAAGUGCACAGCAGCCCGUGCCAGGUGUUGGCCUUGCUACUCCCAUACAGGAGGACAGCGAUGAAAACAGUGAUGAAGCUCCUGGGCCUGUCCACAGACGCCAAGCUCCAAAUGAGCACUCAAAUGCAGCUGUGGUGUGCAAGGCGCCCCCUAUGGAUCGACCGAUCCAUGGUGAGGCGCUUGUGAAAGCUCCACCAGUGGCGGUUGCACCGAUGGUAAAAGCUCCUCCGGUUGCCAACCUGCCACCAGCAUUUGCAGGUCCUGGUGGAGUGCUGCUGCCGCCACCAUCAGCUCCACCACCAAAACCUCCAGCGACCAAGCCUCCCGCGGACGUGACCCAACCAUCCCAACCAUCCCAACCUGUACAGCGGGAGGAGGGUAUUGAGUCAAGCUUCUUCCCAGAAGACCCCCUGGAGUCUCAAGCAGAAGCUUUUGGCUUGGGUUUCACGCCAGACUUAAGCUCGUCAAUUCCCUUUGCCCUCGGAGGGCCUCCACUGCAUGUCCUUUGCCUGAACAAGGCCGCAAGUGUGGGCCCACCGCCAGGGCUAGCAGAUGCUUCAGGAAAUCCAGCACAUCAAGGAAAUGUGGAUCCAAAAGACUCCUUUUGCGACGUUCCACAGGGCUAUGAUGCCAACACCGAGCCCAAUGCGCCCUUGGCAGCUCACAACGGCUUUCCAGAAUUCUCGCGCCCGCUGUGGAGAUCACCCGUGCCUGAUGAAAGUGACGAAGAGUUGCAGGACUUUGGGCAAAUGGUUCAGGAGCCCAUGCAGAGACUCAAUGGACAUCGACAUAGCAAUGGCUUCGUGGCUACGCCGGUGGACACCGUUCUUCAGGUCACUAACAGCAAUCCAUUCCAGCGAGCCAAGGAAGUUGCCUUCCGAACUGACCUCUUCAGUAUCAAGGAGGCCUACAUGAAGCUUGGGAGGGAUGAAUUCAUGCGAAGGAUCCAGUCACCAACGUGGGAUGGGUUUUCCUGA